CCUGUGUUCUAAUCACAUGAAGGGACAGGCAGGAGUCACAUGGUGUGAGUUUGCGUUGGACUGUAGAGACUGAGGAAGAGAGAGAGAAAUAAGUUGCAACAACAGGGUGUACCCAAAGGACAUGGAAAUACCAGCAAUAAACUUGAAGGCUAUCGUCUUUGUCCACUGGCUUCUAACAACAUGGGGUUGUAUGUACCCGUGGCUCCCUUUAUCUUACGUUUGGGGUAACUUCACCAUUCUUGCCAUUGCGGUUUGGGCCAUCGCUCAGAGGGAUUCCAUCGACGCUGUGCUCAUGUUUUUGAUUGGAAUGUCGAUAACCAUCCUGACGGAUAUCAUCCACUUCGGGAUUUACUACCCCAGCGGGGCGAUUGUGUCGUCCUUGUUCCGGUUCUGCGCCGGCAUGGCGAUUCUGAGUCUCAUUCUCAAACCCGUGUCCUGCUUCUUCGUCUACCAGAUGUACCGCGAGAGGGGCGGGGAGUACGUCGGCUUUGGUUUACCCAACGUGACUCCUAACAGAGACUCUUAUCAGUCGAUCGACCAGCAGAACUCAGGACCGGCCAUCCCCCCCUAUUCACAGGCAGGAGAGAGCAAGGCUGGACCCCAGGCAUACUGAGGAGGGGAGAGAGAGCGGCCGUGAUACUGCCCUCCCAGGACCAACGGAGGUGCUAAACGUUCAACGGAAAGUGACAUUUCUGGGUCAAUUUUACUAAGCUUCAGCUUGUGGGCAGAGUUUUCACACCAUUAUUUUUAUGUAUCCGGUGAGAAAGACUCCACAGACAGAGUUGUAUCUCUUAACCGUAUUUUGCUCAGUGUUACUGUCAGGCGGUAUGCUGUUUGUGUAUUUAUUUAGUUUUAAAUGUGACAUGCACCAAAAGUUAAAAAUCAACAUCUGGGGCAUGUAACAAUAACUCAUAAAUAGUGUGCUGCCUACUGUAAUUUCUUGAAAAUGUUUUCUAUUUGAACUGGAGCAGAGGUUUAGUGAACCUGACCAUUGUCUUUGCUAGUACAUCAUCUGUCCUGGCUGUUUGCUACAAGAUUAAAAUGGCCCAUAUGCAGUAGUAAAAAUAUAAAAAAUAAUAAUUCUGUAUCACGUCUUCCAGACUUGAAUAUCUCUUCCAGCCACUAAAAGCCUCCACAGCAUUGCACGGCAGUUUCACCCAUUCCAGGUUUUACUAUGAGCUUGAUGUUUAUGGGUAACAAGCUCAGAUGUGUCUUAUGAAACUCCUAGCAAAACCAGGAAUGGAUCAAAUACCCAUGCAGUGGGAGUCUUAUUAACGUCCCUGGAUCAGCAACCCAAACGUUUCACGUGUUUCAUCUACUGUAUCGCUUUUGUUUUGUAUGUGUUAAUCUGUUUCGCUUGUCUUUACUAUAAAAAGAAAAAUGAUAUUGUAAUAAUCAGACUCAAUUUGUACAUAGUUGUUGUUUUUACAGUCAGGAAGGUGAUACAUCCUCAUACAGUACUUCAACCCGUCCCAUUGAUUUCUCAUUCAUGUCCACCGCCCAGAUAGGGAGACGACAUGCCUAAAGUGGGUGUCCUCUUACAAUUUCACUUUCUCCAGUAUAGCGCUGCUGUGCGGUAACAGGAUAGUGCGGGUUUUGAUUGGUACGUGCAAAUGUGCUGACGGUGAGUGUUUUACAGCACUUCAGUUUCGGCUCAUUGCCCUGCCUUUUAAAACAACGUGGCGUUGUGCUCGUGUGUAUUAUCCAGGGGGUGUAUUUCUGUACAGUUUCUCUGUAUUUGCCCUCGGAGAGAGAGAGAGAGAGAGAGAGAGAGAUGUAAUUAAUACCCUUUCUUCUCCUUCCUGCCUGUGAAGAUCAUAUCAUAUAUAUAUUAACCCAAGGAGAGCUCCAGAGACCAUGUGCCUUGUGUUUUGUUUUUCGACCUGAAGAAAAUGAUUUAUCGCCAGGACCUCUCUGUGGUGCAGGGAGAACAGAUUGGUUGUGGUCAUAGGCUUUUUUCUGUGCAGUUUUAAGAAAUCUGUGAAAUAAAACAUACGAUUUUUCUUUC